GCUGUGCUCAACUUCAAACCCAAGCCUGGCAUCAAACAAGCGAGCCCUCAGAUAAACCAAACAAACAGACCGGGGAUCGCACAGAGGGAGGCGGCCCUGGAAGUGGAAUAACAACACAACCAGAUCCCGACGCCUUGCACUUUACAAACUCUUUGCAUUUCCACAUUAAUGAUCCCUCUGUCUUGCAUGCAAUUGUAUCGAAUUGUGAGGUUAUUGUCAUGCGAUCAUAAUGACCUGUUUGUAGCUCUAGUGUCCGCCCUGUGAUUGCGCUUUGAUGUAGGCCUAGAGGCCGAUCAGAGAUCAGAUUACAUGUUUUAGAUCGCAGCCAUCCCCUGCCUUUGAUCUCCACGCUGAUUUUGUCUUCAAUCCGGGGAUUCCUCUGGACUGGAGCAGCGCAGCCGGGCAGAGAGCACAUCGCAUGGCUGGAAUGGUCUGGAGCCCUAUGCAGAACGCAUAGGAGUGGAUAUCUGUCUCAAACUACAGUCAUUCAGCCAGGGAGGAGAUAACUAAAGGAAGGGAUAACUAACGAACCGAUCAGACUACAGCAGCACAUACCAGACUCAUUCCACAGUAGCCCCUCAAAAUGGCCUGGAUGUUUGGUCAAACCUGGUUACUUCUACUGACAUUUCAUGUAAUAUACUCAUCUCUGGUUCCUGUAACGGCGGAGGAGGAGACCAGUGAAUGCAGAGAACAGGAGUACAAGGAUCAGCUUGGGAACUGUAAACCCUGCAAGCAGUGCGACGCGGGACAGGAGCUAUCAAAGGAAUGUGGCUUUGGUUACGGAGAGGAUGCCCGGUGUGUGCCCUGCAGAAGCAGCCGCUUCAAAGAAGAUAGGAGCCUGCAGAAGUGCAAGCCCUGCCUGGACUGUGGCCUGAACAACCGCUUCCAGAAGGGCAACUGUUCCACCACCAGAAAUGCUGUGUGCGGAGACUGUCUGCCCGGGUUUUACAGGAAAACUAAGCUGAGCGGAUUCCAAGAUAUGGAGUGCAUACCAUGUGGGGACCCUCCACCUCCAUAUGAACCACACUGCAGCGGGCGGGUGAACCUGGUUCCCAUCCCCCCGGUGGUGACCAGCCCUCGGGACAUGGCCCUGGCAGCAGUCAUCUGUAGCGCUCUGGCCACCGUGCUGCUGGCCCUGCUCAUCCUCUGUGUCAUCUACUUCAAGAGACAGCUGCUGGAGAAGAAGCCCAGCGCAUCUCUAAGGUCCCAGGAUGGUCCGUACAGUGGAGCAGAGUUGUCCUGCCUGGACCGACGGAAGUUCCAUGACUUCCCUCAGCGCCCAUGCUGCCAAUGUCACCAUGGGCCAGGCCACACCUGUGGUAGGUCCAAUUACUGGUGGGCUUCUACAAGCACAUCAAGUGGCCCAGUGCACUUGAUCCCCUCCCUGUGCUGUGAUGAAAUCUGCAGUCUGGGCCGGAGCAGAGACACCAGCCCCUUCCAGUCCCAGAUCAGCCUCAACGAGGGAUGCAGCAUAAACCCCUGUGAGGAGAACGUCCUAGCCUAUCUGAAAGCCCAUCCAGAGCCCUGCAUCUCCAGAGAGGCUGGCGAGACAUGGCCACUCAUGCAGAACCCCGACUGUGUCGAGAGCUUGGGAUCACUCCGCUGCAACCCAGAACCCACAGAGAGGUGUGAUGAGGGCGAGGAGGGCGAGGAGAAAGAGGAAGAUGGGUGCACAUUAAGUGAGGACACACAGGAGAAGCCAACUGAUCAGAGCCAGGAGAAGACUGGUGCCUUGACAGAGGUCCUCCUUUCAAAGCAGCAGCCAUCUUCACUGGAAGGAUGACAUGGAUUUAGUUGGCUCGCGUUCCACCCUUGAACCACCCUGGACCGGAAAACAGUCCAGAAAGAUCCCGUUUCAGAUUACAUUAGCCCACACACCAAUUUCAAAAUAGUGUGUGGCACACAAUCUCUUUCAAGCGGCUUGUGACCCACGGCCUUCCGUCACGCAUCUGAAGCGACUAUGUAAAUAAAUGCAAACAAAAGCACUUCACUGUAAAAUAAAGCACAAGAGCAGAGACUGAAAAUAAAUCUAUGCACAACGCGAUGUUGCCGGGCCAGAGGCUGAUAUAAUGAAGUUCAAAUGAUGACAAAAUGACUGUUGACUGGUACAAAGUAAAUAGAAGCCAUCCCCUUUGUUUCGGAUGUCUGCUUAAGAAUGUCUUACAUCUACUUAUGUAGGUGACUAGCAGCAACAGUAUCACAGAUCUGGCAGUGUGACUAUUGGUGUGUCUUAAUAACUGACAACGUUUCCUUAAAGGGCCUAAGAGAAGCACGUCAAAACGGACGUCUGUGAUUUCUGGUGCACAUUGAAGACAGUCUAGAUAAUACUGAAUAAGACCUUUUAAGGAUUGGACCCUUUUUUCACCAAAUUUAGCCUAAAAUGACAUACCCAAAUCUAACUGCCUGUAGCUCAGGCCCUGAAGCAAGGAUAUGCAUUUUCUUGGUAACAUUUGAAAGGAAACACUUUGGAGUUUGUGGAAAUGUGAAAGGAUUGUAGGA